AUGGCUCCUGGAAAUGCUUCCUUUGUGACUGAAUUCAUUCUGAUGGGGCUAAUAGACUUACCAUAUCUCCAGCUCCCCCUGUUCUGCCUGUUUCUAGUCAUGUAUGUGAUCACCGUGUUGGGAAUUUUGGGCUUGAUAAUGCUAAUCCUGCUGAAUGCACACCUGCACAUCCCCAUGUACUUUUUCCUCUUCAUUUUGUCCUUCAUAGACCUCUGCUAUUCUUCUAUAUUUACACCAAAAAUGCUGAUUAACUUCUCAUCAAAGGAGAAUAUUAUUUCCUACAGGGGAUGCAAGACUCAGCUUUACUUUUUCUGCUUUUUUGCUAUUUCUGAAUGUUAUGUCCUGACAUCAAUGGCCUAUGAUCGCUAUGUGGCCAUCUGUAACCCACUCUCAUAUAAUGUUGCCAUGUCACCUAAAGUGUGCUCCAUCCUUAUGCUUGGUUCAUACUUGGUGUCAUUUUCGGGUGCCAUGGCUCACACAGGAUGCAUGCUGAAACUGACCUUCUGUGAUGCAAACACCAUCAACCAUUAUUUGUGUGACAUUCUCCCUCUGCUCCAGCACUCCUGCACCAGCACCUAUGUGAACGAGCUAGUGGUUUUCACUGUGGUGGGCAUCAAUGUGAUUGUACCCAGUGUCACCAUCUUUGUCUCUAAUGGUUUCAUCCUGUCCAGCAUCCUGUGCAUCAGCUCCACUGAGGGCAAGUCGAAAGCCUUCAGCACAUGCAGCUCCCACAUAAUUGCUGUUUCUCUCUUCUUUGCAUAUGCUGCAUUUAUUUAUCUUAAACCAUCAUCUGCUGUGUCUAUGGAUGAGGGAAAAAUCUCCUCUGUCUUUUAUAUGAAUGCAGUUCCCAUGAUGAACCCUUUCAUUUACAGCUUGAGAAACAGAGACAUUAAGCUUGCUGUGAGAAAAACUCUGAGUAGGACACCAUUUUGA